AUGGUGCUUCUGACCAUGACGCCCGGCAUCGUCCGGGCAGUCGCAAAAGCUGGCGAGUUAUCGCCCGACGACUACGCCAGCCUGCAACGCGCCGACGAACCCACGCUCGCACAUGCCACACCAGGCAGCCCCAUCUCACACAGCCAGCUGGUCGACCUUUCCAAACUGCUCAAGAAGCAUCUUCCUCGUUCGAAGUCAGAUGAACCUGUAGCUGGCGAAGAGGCCACAAAGGAUGCCGAAGAACCCAUUCCCAGAACCCUCGCAUCUCUUCUCACCAACACCACACUGUACACGCCGCCCCCGCCCCCGAAGCCAGCAAAGACACCCGAGUACGAGGCUCUCAUGGCCCGACUCCGCGCUGAACAAGAAGCCCUCUCCUACGAACGCAUGCUCCAUCCACCGCCUACCCGCGAAACCUUUUCCCAGCGCUUCCCCCACGCUCCAGAACCCUUCAGCAUCGGGGCUCGACAGACAACGAGCGAAGAAGAAGACUUAUCCUACGAGGAGGUGCAUCGCCAAAUAAUUCUCAUAAUCAACAUAUUAAUCUCGAUUGUCUGCGUUGCCGUCUUCAUAUGGGUUGCUGCACGCCACUGGACCGUUGGUUCAAGGCUGGGACUGAGCAUGGGAGGCUCCCUGGGCAUAGCCGUAGCCGAGGUGGCAGUUUAUAGCGGCUAUGUAAGAAAGGUCAAGGAAGCAAAGAGGUUGGAGAAGAAGAAACCCGAAAUAAAGGAGAUUGUCAAGACAUGGGUGUUGGGAGACGACGGCGAGGGAGCAGAAGCCACUGGCUGGAAGGAGAAAGACGGUGAUGGGGUCAGGUUCAGAAAAGGCAAACAUCGCUAG